AUGUCUUCUACACAGAAAGCCCUCGUUGUGACAGAGCUUGGGAAGCCAGUCAAGCUCAUUGAGGAUAGACCCAUCCCAGAACCCUCCGCCAAACAGAUCCAGCUCAAGGUCAAGGUCGCGGGGAUCAACCCUCACGACCAGAAGGCUCGAGAUUGGGGCCUCUUCAUCGCCCAACACCUCCCUGCGCUCCUCACGAACGAUGUCGUAGGCACAGUAACGAAGCUCGGCGAGGGCGUGACCGGCGUCGCAGUCGGCGACAGAGUCGUCACACAGCCGGGCUUCUCGCCGGGUUUCACGCAGAACGGAGUGCAGGAGUACGCCGUCGCGGACGUCGGUGCCUUCGGCAAGAUUCCGGAGGGGACGUCCGACGACGAGGCCGCCACGCUGCCCACCAACAUCAUCGCUCCCCUUGUCGCCAUAUUUGAAGUGUUGAAGAUCCCGGCGCCUUGGUCCGGCCAGGCAUUCGAUUACGCAAAUACCACACUCCUGGUCGUCGGCGGCGGCUCAAACUGCGGGAGGUUCGGCGUCCAGCUCGCCAAGCUCGCGGGCAUCGGAAGGAUAGUGGUCGUGGGCGGUAACGAGGCCGAGCUCAAGGGCUACGGCGCGACGCACGUGCUCGACCGCCACGGCGGCCAGGACGCCGUGCUGGCUCGCAUCCGCGACGUCGUCCUGGCGCUCAACGCGCUGUCCAGCACCAAGAAGGGCGCACUUGCUCGGCUUCUGCCCCUCGGCCCGGUGGACGAGAGCAAGGUUGUCGGCAAGACUGCUGGGUUCGAGGUGCGGGACACGUAUGGAAGUUCACAGGUUCACCCCGAGCUGGCUGGAGGUUUCUGGGAGCGUCUUCCUGGGUUCCUUGAGACGGGCAAGAUCAAGCCACUCAGCUAUGUUGUCAAGGAGGGUCUGACUGCCGAGAAUUUGAAUGAGGUUCUUGACGCGUAUCGGGAUGGAAAGACUGUUAAGAAGACACACAUUCAUGUCUAG